GUCUUUAGUGCUCUCGGUUAUGUAGGCAUGUGUUAGCCAUGGUGUUACCCGAAUGACCUCGAUCGCUGUGAUUCACGGUUUUCUACUGCAGGCAGUUUUAAUCUGGGCUUAAAAUAAACCAUUACGCUGUGAUCACUUCAAUGGAUCCCAAUUUGGAAUACUGGCAUAACAACGGGAAGUCUUUCCUAAGCAGACUUCGCAUCUGGUUGAAUAUUCUUGACCCCAGCUCUAUCCUGUCCUCUGAUGUUGAAAUUGAAAAUGCUCGUUCUCUGGUCAGAAGGGAAGGGAAUCAGCUGAAGAAUGAAAAGGUCUCCAAUGCCUGGAAGCUUUCUCUUUGUUCUGUGCAUGCUGAUACUGGAGAGACAAUUUCCCUGUUGUUUCGUCCACAAGCUUUUCUGCCUGCAUCAGCUCCUUUGGUCAUAGCAAGUUUUUUGCCACAUAAAGGAGUGACACCUGCCCUGUUUUGGCAGUUUAUGUUGCAGAGCUACUGUGCAGGUUUCAACCAGGCCAACAGAAAUGCAACAGCCACACCGGAGAACAAGCCCUCGGUGAAACAGGCUUUUCUCAUCACUGGAACAGUAACAUAUUCAACGUUUGCAGGGGCCCUUCCUCAAAUUAUAAUCCAGCGUCUGGCAGUCAGCAGUAGUUCAGCUCAGGCCUUCUAUAGGUCAGUGCUGCCUGUUCCUCUGUCAGCUUGUUUGGCUGCCUUCAGCGUCUUCAUAGUGAGAAGUGAGGAAUCAGAGAAUGGAAUAAAAGUCUUUGACUCCAAUGGGAAUACAGUCGGUGUCUCAAAGGAAGCUGGAUUCAAGGCUGUAAAGGAGACUGCCAUAUCUCGAGCAACUCUUUUUGGUACCACUGCAGUUGUUCCUAAUCUACUGGUCCGCCUUCUCAAGAGGGCAAAGUUGGCCCAAAGAAACCCAAUGAUGCUUGCUCCUGUUAGACACAUCAGCACUGCCGUUGUCCUUGGCUUGAUGAUUCCUGUAUCCUUCAGUCUCUUUCCACAAUUUGGCAAGAUUAAAAAGGAACAUGUAGAAAAGGAGCUGCAAAGCUUAACAGAUGAGGGGGAGCUGUUUUACCACAGAGGACUCUAAGCGUCACCUUAAAACCCAACACUCAUCAUAUAGCCUGUUCCUCAAAAGGUUAUUAACUUCCGAGCUUCUAUAUGGAAACCUAUCUGAAAGGUGUGGAGGAGUUCUCCAGCAGGACAAAAGAAGAACUAUUUUAAGUAAUAUGUGUACACUCGUCACUCCCAGAGUAUAUUACUGCAUUUAUACCAGUUUUAUCUGCUCAAGGACCGAAGCGUGCACUUUUCUCAGCACUGCAGAUGAACUGUAAAGGACACUGCUCUCCUACAGACAUACUCACGAUAACAACAUCAUACAGGUUGCAUUUAAUAAAACCAUACCAUUUAGUAAAUGGAACAGA